AUGAUCGUACCAAAUAACAAUUUGCUUGCACAACCAGUGGACAAUAAAAUUAAAUACCAAAAACGCACCAAAACACACCCCAACAAAAUUAAGAAAAGCCUAAUGAUAGAAGGUGACAUAAUAGGAAACUAUAAAAUUACCAAAAAGCUGGGUCAGGGAUCCUUUGGAAUCGUAUAUGAGGUCGAAGACAGUAGUGGAACUAGAUAUGCCUUGAAAUUGGAGAGUGUGCCUGUUAAAACUACGAGUCAAUUAAAAAACGAGUACCGAAUAUACACUGAUCUCAAGGGAUGUAAAGGCAUUGCACUGGUGCACUAUUUUGGCAAAUAUGACAAUUACUAUUAUUUGGUAAUGGACAGACUAGGACCAAGUCUUCAAGAUCUCUACGAGAGGAGGAAAAAAAAUUUUUCGGUAAAGACGAUUUGUAUGAUCGCCAUCACGGUCUUGGAGUCUCUGGAGGAUAUUCAUGGGCGGUGCAGGAUAUUUCGUGACAUAAAACCUGAAAAUAUACUCAUAGGACAUGACAAUCCCGAUGAGCUAUUCCUUAUUGAUCUGGGUAUGGCGAAAUACUAUAUGAAUCCGAACAGCAGGGAGCAUAUACCCUUUAUAAACAACAAAAAAUUGACCGGAACUGCCCGUUAUGCUUCACUGAAUACACAUAUGGGGUAUGAGCAGAGCCGGAGAGACGAUCUGGAAAGCUUGGGUUAUACACUUAUUUAUUUUUUGAGAGGAAAUUUGCCUUGGAUGGGCGUACGUGCUGCCACAGGCAGGGAAAAGCACACGAUUAUAGGUGAGAAGAAGAAGAACACGUCUCUGAGCGUAUUAUGCAGUGACCUGCCUGCAAAAACUUACCUUGUAAAAUAUUUGGAAUACGUACGCAACCUCAAUUUUGUAGAAAAGCCCAGCUACAAGUAUUUAAUUGGCCUGUUCAAAAGCGCUUUGAGUGCAAAUGAUCUGUCAAACGAUAAAAACUACGAUUGGGUAACACAGGAAUAUAAACAGCGCAAAAAGAAGAGGUCAAAAAACGGUUGGUGGCAUAAGUUUAAAGACUUUAUCAACGUAUGCAAAAGCGAACAGUAGCAGACAGCCAUAAAUAGCGCAAUGGUUACCAAAUGACUGAUGAUGUAUAUAUGAGAACCUUAGAUAAUUCAAAACCAAAAUUUCUUUUGCAAGGAAUGAGAGUAUAAAAUAAAAAUAUUGAAC